AUGGGCACUCCAUCUAAGGAGGACCCCUUCUUCACCACUCUCUUACAAAGUGGAGGAGAAGGUUGCACUCCAACAUAUGAGCAAUAUUCUAAUGUUAUGAUCCAAACAACUCCCCUUCACGGUGAAAAGAGGCCUCCAACAAAAAAAGUUCAAAAAGGUGCAUCUUUCACUGUUGAGGAGGAUAACUUACUUGUCUCUGGUUGGCUCAACAUUAGCAUUGAUGCCAUACGGGGUACCGAUCAAAAAUCCACUCAAAUGUGGGAUAGAAUAUCUGAGUUUUAUCACAAGUAUAAAAAACCAAAUACUGCAAAUCGUUCAAUAGGGUCAUUGAUCAAUCGUUGGUCCAUGAUCCAGAAAUGCACAAACAAGUUUUGUGCAUUUCUAGCGCAAAUUGAAAAAGUAAAAAUAAUGUACAAAGAGAUAGAGAAGAGGAAUUUCACACUGAAGCAUUGUUGGUGUCAAUUGAGACACCAACCCAAAUUGCAGCAACACAUGAACAAUCUGAAUACAAGGAGAAAACCACACGAUAAACGUCCAGCCAAUGAGCAGUCAAGUGAAGUUGCCGACGACGUUGUGGAGGAGAAUGUUGAGAGGCCUCCAGGCAAGAAAGUUGAGAAAGAUAACUUGAGGAAGCGGAAGGCCCAAGAAUCAUGUGAUGCUAAGUUCAACGGUGUGUUAGAAAAAAUGACCGCUGAUAGACGACUGUUCAUGGCAGAGAGGAGAGCAUGGGUGACGAAGGCUGAUGAUGUUAAAGGUGCACAACUAGAACUUGAUAAGAGAAAGUUUGAGGCGAAGAGUAUGAGUAAGGAUCUUUCUAACAUGAUUGUCAUGCAACAAGUCUAUUUCCUGAAUAUUCAGAAAAAAAUUUAUGAGGACUCUUUGAAUAAUUCUGAAGAUGAUGUUUAUGUUGAUGAAAUGGAUGAUACUCAGGGAAGUUCUGAAGAGGAGUCAGAUUGGAAGUUGUUUUCUGACUAUGAUUCAGAUGACCCUAUACAUGAACCGUGUUAA